AUGCGGGCCGGAUAUCGACAACGAUUGCGAGGUCUUUACUCUAGGCUUGAUACAGCAACGCGGUUGUCCUCCAACAACGCUGAGUGCCAAGACUCAGAUGAAAUCGACAGCGGACUUCACAAGCGCAAUGCAACCAAGUAUGGCGACAAUGUGGUAUGUAACGUCGACAAUGCAAGACAGCAUGCCUUCCCGACGGAGCUAGCGGAUGGUAUGGCAUUCGGAUGGUCUUCCAUGAUGCAGCAACCGCAUGCAGAGUCCCAACUGGUUGACGAUUAUAUUGCCAGCAUCCGACCACCGAGAAGGAUCGCUGAUUUAGAAAAGCUUGACGCCCAAGUUUCUUUGGACGAAGUCCGAGCGACUAUCAAACGGUGCAAACGCGGAAAGUCCUGCGGCCCGGAUGGUCUAGGUAACAUGUGGUAUCGAGAACACUGCGACCGCAUUGCUUCAAUUCUCGUUAAGCUAUUAAACGACUGGUUACAGACUGAUGUUGUCCCAGACUCCUUCGGCGAGGCUAAUAUUCAGUGCAUCAAGAAAUUAAAACAGCCACUCACUCACUGGACCAUCGGCCAAUUGACUUGCUGA